CUAUAUAAAAAAUAUUUAAAAAUCCUAAAAUGUCAAAAAAAAGUAUGGCAUCUGACGGAAUCUCUAAGGGCAAGAAGAUGAGUAUUUCUGCCCUCAAAGCGAAGGUAGAUCAAGAGCUAAAAAAUCUUGAAGAUCAUAUCUACGAGCGAGAGACUGAAUAUCUGACGAAUACUGUCAAUACUGGGAACAUUGCAAGAGGCUGGGAGUACUUGCUUGACUCUAAAAGAGUAAUUACUAAGGAUAUGGUUUCCAACUUCAAAAUUUCAGACUUUGCUAAAGAUUAUGAGAGUAAAAAUAUGUACAGUGCCAUGAAGGGUUGUAAGCCAGUUGAUCUGAACUCUAAAAGAGUCGGAUUAGGCAAGUUCCCAGUAGAAGAUAGGGUGUUCUCAAGGAGUAGCAAAACAGCUCCAAUUGAGGAUGAUUAUAUCGAAUAUCCCUUCCAAGCCCCUCCCAUCAAACUAGAGACUGAGUCGAGACAAUCAGCCAAGGUAGGAUCCAGAAGAAGAAACAAGAAGUAAGAGCCAGGUG